GCUGGCGCUGGCCGAGGUCAAGCAACGGCAUCACGGCAGCCUUCUUGUACUGGGGUGGAUAUCGCUUGAGGAUCUCGGCCAUGAGCUUCUCAUUUUGCGCAUUGAAUUUGAACGGGAUUUCCGGGUUGUUGUCGGGGGUGUUUCGGUGCUAGAGCAGAGAGCCAUUAGCAAUUGGCCGCUAGAUCGGUAUACGAAAGCAUGAGGCGUCCAGAACUAUGAGUCCGGUAUGUCCAUUUCGUGUCUCGAUGAGAGCGUAGACGGCAACAAGCUGGGACUCGACUGCGGGUUGGUGUCUGCGAAGGUGAGCGGUAAUACUUACCACGGCGAGGGUAUCGCUUCUCCGGGGGCUCGAGACGGUAAAGGUCCGAAUAUGAGGUCGAGGAGCCCUACUAGUCGUGCGGGCUGCGCUUCGGAGAAGCAGUGGACUGAGUUUGGAGGCCAUUGUGAGGUUGUGCGGGCUGGAUUGGCUUCCGACGGCGAGGUUCUUCGAGCUCACUGCAACUGUCAAUGGGAGGUUCAAUUGAUGAUGGAAGCUGAUUCACAUCGGCGUUGAUUGGUUACGAGCGCAGAGACUCCACUUUUAUGUGAAGCCGCCAUACAACAGCUACCCCCGGCUUCAAGCAGCUGGCAACGGUCCGUAGAAAGGUCAGUGCUCUCACCCUGUCUGGUCAUUCAUAUACGGUAACAGUGAAGCCAUCGCGCUGUGAUAAGCCUGACUAGCCGCGUAUCACAAUGUCGCUAGACCAUCGUCCUAUUGUAAAGUUAUGUCAACAAUGUCAAUUUCUUUUCUCAAGUAGAGGGUUCGAAAAGCUCUCAUCUGUGGGCAGCUUCCGCCACUCACAGCUGGGUACUUUCGCGGACCGCCCUGAUUGCCGCUUCUGUUGUUAUCUUUGGAACAACGAUCUCCUGGGGGCUUCCAACCAGGUCUACAAAAUACGUUGCCUCCGCCAUCUGCUUUACCCUGUGUCUCGAAAGGCACGUCAGAGGGAGUUUGAAGAGUUACGGCAAUGCUGGGUAGUCAUAUCCCGACCUGCCGCAAACCAAUAUUUGACGGAUUCAUAUGCCAUGAUUGCGAGCCUAGAGCCCUAUACGGUACCAGCAGAGUUAAUCAUUGGAAAUGCGAUUGACAGGAUUUUCGUGAGUGCUGAGACGGAAAAGGGACAGAUGAAAUGGCAGACGUUCAGUCCUUUGAGAUUUGUUACCCCGGAAUCUGACCCUCUUGCAAAGUACACCAACUAUCGUCCCAUUGCAUGGGAUGGUCUGACAAGCCAGUGGGUAGCGGAUAUCAAAGCAAUGCUCAAGUGUUGCCUUACAUCUCAUCCCCAAUGUCAACAAUCUCGACCAAGGGUGCUGCCAACCAGGCUUUUGCAUAUAAUGAAAGACAGGGAAAGCAGCUUUCGAGUGCAAUUAGUCGCUACUGAAAAAGGUCAUACAGGACAAUAUGCCGCACUUAGCUAUUGCUGGGGAGGACCGCAGUCGUUACAGUUAACAAAAAACACUGUCCACAAAUUCAUGCAGCAACCUAUAGAGUGGCAAGCCUUUCCAAAGGGUUUGAUUGACGCAGUCGAAGUGACUUCUUCCUUGGACCUUGAGUAUCUUUGGGUGGAUGCCUUGUGCAUAGUCCAGGACGAUCAAGAUGAUAAGAAACGAGAAAUUGGUCGGAUGAGUGCCAUCUAUCAAAAUUCAGUUGUCACGAUCGCUGCAGCCACCUCUGGCUCAGUGCAAGACAGUUUUCUCUGCAACCAGUCCGUUUUCAACACCAAAUACUCCACUUGCGAUAUAUCUAUGACUCUAGAUGCUCAAGGUUCCGAUGAUUUGGGAAGACUUAACAGCAGCCUCUCAGUUGUACCGGUACAUGCGCAUCGUAUAGAUAAUCUCCCUCUGAGUAAGCGUGGAUGGGCGUUUCAAGAAGCACUAUUGCCACCCCGACUGCUCGUAUUUGGAGAUCUCGAGCCGUUCAUCCGAUGCCGGACUAAGAAUGUGAUACGCAAGUCUCUCAGCUGUAUCGAAUACCACAUGUCGACUCUUGUUCCUCGGAGAAUCAUUGAUAAUCUUGUGAGCAGGCAGUAUCAGGAGAGGCUAUCUACGGACCACAAGGACGACACCUUGGAUUUCAUAUGGAGAGAGAUCGUAGAGCAAUACACUCUUCGUGAACUCAGCAUUCCGGAAGACAGACCGCUCGCGAUCAGUGGAGUUAUUGACUUUCUCUCCGAAGCGUUCAGUGAUGAGUGUUACUUCGGGGUUUGGAAAUCCUGUCCAAUUGUCUGCCUGUUGUGGAAGACGGAGCCAUCAGAGGUGAGAACCACAAUACCACAUGUCCCGACGUGGUCAUGGAUGUCAGUUACAGGCCCAGUGGAUCUAGAAACUGUUGUCUACUUUGAUAAGUCAGAAGCAUCGGUCAAAUGGGAUAGCACCGACACUUCUCAAACUCGACUAAUAGUGAAAUGUUGCGUUUUCGAAUCCGAGGGAGUCUCCGGUCCCGCUCAAGAGUUCGGUCCGGGUGUUUUGACUGAGAGCUGGUCGGAUGUCUUACCAUCAUCACCAUCUACCUCGAGCCAACAACGCAAAUUUGAACCCGUGGGAAAAUGCGCAUAUCUUGUGCUUGCCCGGACGACACACGGGCGCUACUUGGCCAUUGUUGUGACUGACGAAGGGGAGGGUGUCUACCAUAGAUGUGGACUUGCUGAGUUGAACCUUCCCGAAAGCUGGCGCAUGCGACCAAAACAAGAGAUUGUGCUCGUUUAA